UGAUGAGCUGUGUACUCAUGAACUGCACCUCCCAUGAGUCACCCAGCAUCACUCAUUUUACUUAGGGGUCCACAUGGUUCAGGGGAUGUUGUGAAACUCCUGACAGGAUUGCUUAUCACUAGCUACAGAUUGAUGCACAGCUCUAUCUUUCAUGAGGCAGCGGAAAAGACAUCACAUUAAGUUAUCAGCAGAAUAAGAACAGCUUCCUAUUACCAUGGAUAAACAGUCCACAGUGGUGUUUCGAAAUGUGGGGCAACUCUACUUUCCCCAAACCAGAGUCGAGUGCCACUACAGUCUGAACUCUGACCAUCGGUGGAGCAGCAGUGACUGGAUUGGGAUUUUCGAGGUGGGCUGGUCUUCAGUGAAACAGUAUUAUACAUAUACAUGGGCGCUUGUUCCUGAAGGCUACACUGAGGGGGCUAGUGUCAACUGCUGUGCACUUUUUCAGGCAUCCUACCUGCCCCGCCCCAGUGCUGUGGAGUAUGAGUUUGUAUAUGUGGAUAAGAUGGGAGAGGUGUGUGCCCGUAGUCGCUCCUUCACGUUUUAUGCUCCCAAGCCUCUGGAUGAGCUGGAGACUCUGAAAGAGGAACGAGACGAGGAGGACGGAGAGGAGGAGCUGCUCCUUGUCAUUCCCAGGGCUCAGCUGCUGCAGAGUCGGCUGGAGGAGUGCUUAAAAAGACAAGCGGAGAUACAGCAGGCUCUGGACAUGACAAAGAAGGAGACAGAGAACGAGAAAGAGAGCAGCGAAAAUGCGAGGAAGGAGUGGGGGCGUGAAAGAGAAGCAAUGAAGGAGGAGAUCUCAGAGCUCAGAAACAACAUCAGACAAAACUAUGAGAUGCUGAAGAAGAUGGAGGGAAAACACAAGGAUGUGAAAUAUAGUCAGGAAAGUCUAUCCUCUGAACUGAGUAACCUUAUGGCUGAAAAAGCUGAGAGUCAGCAGCGAAUCAAAGACCUGGAGGAGGAACUCAGGGUCUUGAAUGAUAGAGAGACAGAGGAAAACAUGGAACUGGAAAGGCUGAAGGAGAGAGUGAAGAAAAUGUCUAGUCAAAUGAAACACGAUGAGGAAAAGAGAAAGUCUCUGCAGGUCGAGAACGAGGCUGCUCUGCUGGAGGUGCGAGGGCUGCAGGAGCGUCUGGAGGCUAGUGAGCAUGUAGCUGAGAGCCUGCGCAGGGAGCUGAGGGAGCUGGGUGCUCGUCAGGGCCAUGCCCACACCGAGCUGCACCAAGCCCGGCUGCAAGUGGCCCAGCUCACCCUGCAGCUGUCUGAGGAGAACCUACUCCUCAGGGAGGAGCGUGCCAACUGGGCCCUAGAAAGAGAAGCAUACAAACAUGCAGCAGAGGCUGAUAAAAAGAAAAUACAAGAAUUGAGCUGUGAAGUGCAGAGGAAGGAGGAGUGGCUCCAGGAAGAGAGGAUGGAGAGGGAGAAACUAGAACUAGAGCUUGGGAGUGAGAGACAUUGCAGCAGAGUGCUGCUGAGCGACACGAACCGAGAGCUGCAGGAGCUGAAGGCCAGCCUGAGGAAAGCCCAGAAAGAGAGAGAAGAGCAGCAGGUGGACAAACAGGACCUGUUGAACUGCAUUCAUCAGUUAGAGCAGAGGUUGGAGGUUGUGCCAGAGGCUAAAUCAAACGGAGAAAUUCCCAUGUGUAUCUCUGCUGGCUCUUCCUCUGAGGAUGACGAAGAUGCUUCUUCAGCUUCGCCCAGAUCCAUCUCUUCACCUCUUUUCCUGUCCAUUCACCUGGAACAGCCCAACACAGCCAAGGUCCCUGCUGAGACACGCACCCAGAACAAAGAAGACCCACCAGCGUCUGACACACAGGAUGUGAGGAGGCAGUACUGUGAGAACAGCGCUGGAGAAGGGAAGCGACUGAUCCUACCAGAACUUGUCAACAAGGUCAUGAGUGAGCUGGCUGACUACCCUAUGUGGUAACAUAAAGGAUGAUGGACGGCAAGUUGAAGAAAUGAUUGUGCUUAUUUUAUUGUUUUUCUGUAGCUAUUCAUGUAGAAAAUGGCCUUCUUUAUAGUGUAUUCGAAGAAAACAUGUCACAAUUUUUAAGUGUUGUAAGUCUUAAUUGUCCAGAAUUUUAUUUGUUUUAAUAGUAUAAUAAUGUUUUUAUUACUGCUUUUGGAUUAUUAGAAGAACACUAUGUGCUGAUAACACGACGUUUGUCUUCAUAUGCUUCUCAUCUUCAUGCUCUUCUUUAGACUUUCAUAUGUAGACACCAAGUAUUGGUUCAGUUUAUUUAAGAGUCCAUUUGUAAUUCCUAGUUGGUCUAGCUUUUUAACUGAUCAUACUAUGAAUAUGUCUUGCAAACUAAAAGAGAAAACAAAAAAAAAUGCCAUGAUUAUCUUGAAAUGAAUACAUUGCAUCUUGUUUUGGGGGCAAAUCAGCCCAUAACCUCUGCAUGAGUGUGAAUAGAGUGGGUGUGUGUUACAGAAGUGUGAAAUGUUCUGCUGCAGCUUGUUGAUCACAGUGUCAGGCUGGAAGAACAUGUUAAUGUAUGAUUUUUUGUUUUUUUGUCUUUAUUUAUCUGUUGGAGAGACAGGGCUCUUAAAUAAAAUAUGAUAAUAAAUACAUGUUGAUGGCA